CAUAUCAAAAACACACAUAAAAAAUAAUUCGCAAAAAUGCGUUCAAAUUUUAGUAGACAUGAAUAUCGCCGUUACAUUUCGUAUGAGCGUCAAUCGUUGGCAUCACAAUAUGAACCGGGCGGUUAUUCAUUGCAAUCACAGACGAGUCGCAACACAGCCAACAUGACACAACGCGAUGGCAUAAUGAAAUUCGAAAAUGAACGAAUUAAAACUUUGCAAGAGGAACGUCUGCACAUACAAAAGAAGACCUUCACAAAAUGGAUGAAUUCCUUUCUGGUAAAGGCAAAGUUAGAGGUCGAAGAUCUGUUUACGGAUUUAGCAGAUGGCGUCAAACUGUUAAAAUUACUUGAAAUCAUAUCCGGUGAAAAGCUGGGAAAGCCAAAUAAUGGUCGCAUGCGUGUCCAUAAAAUCGAAAAUGUCAACAAGAGUCUGGCAUUCUUGCACACCAAGGUCCGUUUGGAAUCCAUUGGUGCUGAGGACAUUGUCGAUGGCAAUCCCCGUUUAAUUUUAGGUUUGAUUUGGACCAUAAUUUUGCGGUUUCAAAUUCAAGAAAUUGAAAUUGAUGUGGACGAGGAAAACGAAUCGUCUGAAAAACGUUCUGCCAAAGAUGCUCUAUUGUUAUGGUGUCAGCGUAAAACUCACGGUUAUCCCGGUGUUAAUAUACAAGAUUUUACCUCCUCAUGGCGUUCCGGUUUGGGUUUCAAUGCUUUGAUCCAUUCGCACCGUCCCGAUUUGUUUGAGUACAGCACAAUUGUUAAUUCGAAAAAUUCAAAUAUCGAUAAUUUGAAUCAUGCCUUUGAUUUGGCCGCCUCCGAAUUGGGUAUACCAAGUCUAUUGGAUGCCGAAGAUGUUGAUUCUGCACGACCCGAUGAAAAAUCCAUUCUUACAUAUGUGGCCUCAUAUUAUCACACCUUUGCUCGCAUGAAGAACGAGCAAAAGAGUGGAAAACGUAUUGCCAAUAUUGUGGGUCAAUUAAUGGAUGCCGAUCGUAAGAAAAUCUAUUACGAACGCUUAACCACAAAUCUAUUAAGCUGGAUCCGUCAGAAAACCAUUGAACUACAAAAACGUGAUUUUCCCAACUCACUGGAGGGCAUUCAACGGGAGUUAUUGGCUUUCAAGGAGUACCGAACCAUUGAAAAACCACCAAAAUACAAGGAACGCAGUGAAAUCGAAGCAUUAUAUUUCACCAUCAACACUCUGCUGAAGGCUUUAAAUCAACCGCCGUAUAAUCCACAGGAUGGUCAGCUGGUCAAUGAUAUCGAAAAAGCUUGGCAACUACUCGAAUAUGCCGAACAUCAUCGGGAAGUUGCACUGAGAGAAGAGUUGUUGCGUCAAGAGAAAUUAGAGCAGCUCAAUUAUAAAUUCGAAAAGAAAUCGGUUUUACGUGAAGGCUAUCUGAAGGAAAUGAUUCAGGUAUUGUCCGAUCCCCGCUAUUUGCGUCAGGUCGAUGCUACUCUCAAAAAACACGAAGCCAUUUCCGCCGAUAUUCUGGCACGUGUUGAACGUUUCAAUGAUUUAACAGCUAUGGCCAAUGAAUUGGAACGCGAAAACUACCAUGGCAAGGAGCGGGUUAAACGUCGCGAAUUUGAGGUUAUGGAAAAAUGGCGCAAACUGUUGGAAUUACUGGAGAAUCAACGUUUGAACCUGUCACAAAUGAGCACUCUAAUGAAUUUGUUGCGUGAGGUGGCCAGUACCACCGAGUCCAUAAAAGAAUUGCAAAUGCAAUUCAAAUCAGAAGAUGUCGGUCCGCAUUUGUUGGGUGUCGAGGAGUUGCUACAAGCUCACUCCCUGCAAGAGCUGCAAGUAAAUACCUACGGUGAAACCAUUAAACGUUUUACACGUCAAGCACAACCCUUCAGAACAUCCGAACACAAAGAUGCCGCUGUGUUGGCUCAGAAGCUGGCGGAGCUGGAAACUGCCUACAAAGUGCUACAGGAAUUAUGUGCCAAACGUCGUGCCUGUCUGGAAGAGGCACGCAACUUCCAUCACUUCAUGGAGGAUUACGACAACGAAGAGGGAUGGUUGGUGGACAAGCAACGUAUUUGCAAGACUGGCAUAACGGCCAAGGAUUUGAGGGCUGUUCUGUCGCUACAACAAAAACACAAGGCGUUGGAGGACGAGAUUAAAGUGCGCAAACCCAAAUCGCAGCAAAUGUCCGAUGCCGGUAAACGUUUGAUGGCUGAGAAACAUCCUCGCUCUGCAGAAGUCAAGUCACGCAUUGAAAGCUUGGAAGAGCACUGGAAGGCCUUGGAGGAGUUGGUAGAAACCCGUCGCAAACAAUUGGAGGAUGCAGCCGAGGCCUAUCAAUUCUACACCGAUGCCAAUGAAGCCGAAUCGUGGUUGAAUGAAAAAAUGGCUUUGGUCAAUUCCAAAGAUUACGGCAAUGAUGAACCCUCUGCCCAAGCCCUCCUGCAAAGACAUCGUGAUUUACAAGGCGAAUUAAAUGCCUAUUCCGGCGAUAUUCUAAACCUAAAUCAACAGGCCGAUAAACUUAUUAAAGCUGGCAUCUGUACCCUGGAACUUUCCGCCAAUGAACCAGAAAUGCCAGAAAUUGAACAACAACAAGAGGAGUGGGUCAACGAGACACGUCUGGUUCCCAAGGAAGUGUGGGAAGAUGAAUGGGUCGAAAAAUUGGAACAUCGUAAAGUAACCGAAACUAAAAUGUUGCCCCAUGUCCGUGCCAUGUUUCCCUUUGACGGUCAAGGUAUGAAAAUGGAGAAGGGUGAAAUUAUGCUGUUAAAAUCCAAGACCAACGAUGAUUGGUGGUGUGUGCGUAAGGAGAAUGGUCACGAAGGUUUCGUACCCGCCAACUAUGUGAGGGAAAUUGAACCACGUCCCGUCACUUGCAUCGUACCGAAAGCAGAAAAGGUAAAGGCCCUGCAAAAGGUCAAGAAAACCAUUUUGGUAAGACAGGUGGUCCCAGUGAAACGCGUGAAACCCAUGACAGUGACUCCCAAGCCAGCCAUCAAGCGUCGCACAUCCACGAACAGUAUUAACGAAAACUCGGACAGUGUAGAAAAGAGACAGAAGCGUAUCAAUGCCACCUACGAUGAACUACAGGACAUGGCCCAGAAACGUCAUGCACUCUUAGAGGAUUCCAUACACCUCUUCGGUUUCUAUCGUGAGUGUGACGAUUUUGAGAAAUGGAUGAAGGAGAAAGAGCGCAUUAUCAAGAGUGACGAAGGAGGUGAAGGUGUCGAAAAUGCCAAACGUAAAUUCGAGAAAUUCCUCACAGACCUAUCCGCUGCCACAAAGCGCAUUGAGGAAAUCGAUUCAGCUGUUGAUACCUUCCGCAGACAGGGUCACUCCCAAUUGGACAAAAUCAUUGCCCGUCAGCGUCAAAUUCAUCAAAUUUGGCAGAGACUCAACAAUGCCAAGGCCCAAAAGGAGAAGAGUUUGGAGGGCGCUUCCAGUGUGGAACUGUUCAAUCGCACUUGCGAUGAGGCGAAGGUAUGGAUGAGUGAGAAAAUGAUUCAGCUGGACACCGCUGUCAUUAGUCCCGAUUUGAAGACUGUGCAAGCCUUGCAACGUCGUCAUCAAAACAUGGAACGUGAACUGGCACCCAUUGAAGACAAAGUGAAUCGAGUCAACUAUUUGGGUAACUCUGUGAAAAAUGCAUAUCCCGCAGAACGCGACAACGUCACCGCCCGCCAACAAGAAGUUCAAGAAAUGUGGUUGCAAGUCCACAACAAGAGCAGCGAGCUAAGGGCGCGCAUUGAGAGUGCCGUUGGAACCCAAAUCUUCAACAACAGUGCCAAAACACUUUUGGCAUGGAUCGAAUCCGUCAAGGAUCAAUUGAAUUCUGAUGAGCCUGCACGCGAUGUUGAAACUGCCAAUAAGCUAUUGAAACAGCACAACGACUUGGGUGAUGAUAUCAAGGCCCACGACAAUGAAUUUGCUGAAGUUAUUCAGCUUGGUAAACAAUUGUCCGAUGGUAAACCGAACACGGAGGAAAUUGUAAAGAUCUGCGACCGUUUGAAGGCCGAACAGGAUGCAAUUCAUCGUGGCUGGUUGGAGAAACAGAAGUGGUUGCAACAGGGUGUUGAAUUGCAAAUAUUCAACCGGGAAGCUGAUAAAAUUGAUGCCACCACCAAGAGUCACGAAGCCUUUUUGGCACCCAAUAAUUUGGGCAACUCCUUGGAUGAAGUUGAAGCUAUUUUGAAACGUCAUUUGGACUUUGAGAAGAGUUUAAUGGCCCAGGAUAAAAUCCUAAAAGCUUUCUCUGAUAAUGCCGACAAAUUGAUUGCCAACGAUCAUUAUGAUUCCAAGUACAUUGAUGAUAGACGCAAUCAAGUUUUGGGAAAACGCAAAGCUGUCAAGGAUAGGGCAUUUGAACGUAAACGUUCUCUACAGGCCUCCAAAGAUUUCCAUAAAUUCGCCGCCGAAGCCGAUGAUCUUGAUGCUUGGCUCAAUGACAAAACUAAAAUUGCCGGUGAUGAGAAUUAUCGCGAUUUAGUCAAUUUGCCACGUAAGCUGCAAAAACAUCAAGCUUUCGAAAGAGAACUUCGUGCCAACGAAGGUCAAUUGCGAAACAUCAACAAGGAUAGUGAACAGUUGAUUGCCGCCAACAAUCGCAAACCCGAGGUUGAGAAGAGAGUCUCCGACCUCAACAAGAAAUGGAAAGACCUCCUGAUACUGUCGGAAGAUAAAGGACGUAAACUGGAACAAGCUGCCUCCCAGCGUGAACACAAUCGGGCCAUUGAAGAUGCCAAAAAGAAAGUCGGUGAACUGGAUGCUGCUCUCAAGAGCAAGGAUGUUGGCAAUGACCUCAGAAGCUGUAAAGAUUUGAUCAACAAGCAACAAUUACUGGAAUCCGAAAUUACAAUGUGGGAACAGAAGAUUGGUGAAUUAGUUUCAUCAGGUGAAGAAAUGGCCCAGGAAGGACAUUUCAAUGCAGCCAAUAUUAAGGAUGAAUCCAAGGAUAUUCAACAUCGGUUCAAACUUUUGCGUGAUCCCAUGCAAAAGAGACGUGAUGAACUGGAGGAGAGCCUCAAUUACCACAAAUUUGUAUUUGAAUUGGAUACCGAAUUCCAAUGGAUUAACGACCACUUGCCCGCUGCCAAGUCCAAUGAACUAGGACAAAAUCUCCAUCAGGCCCAAUCACUUUCCAAAAAACACAAGAAAUUAGAAGCUGAAAUCAAGGGACAUCGUCCCAUGAUCAACAAAGCUCUACAAGCUGGUCAAGCCCUGGUUGCCCAAAAACACCCCGAACAAGAAAAGGUUAAAGAUUUGUGCAACCAACUCGAGGAUGCCUGGAACGAUUUGGAGUACAACACCAAUGAACGUAGCAAGAAAUUGGAUAUGUCCCUCAAGGCCCAACAGUAUUUGUAUGAUGCUGGUGAAAUUGAGGCCUGGUUGGGCGAAAAACAAAACGUUUUACGUUCCACCGAAUACGGUAGGGAUCGUGAUUCAGCUGCCAAACUCUUAACCAAACACAAAACAAUUGAAUUGGAAUUGGACACCUAUACUGGCAUUGUAACCGAAAUGGGUCACAACUGCGCUGCUAUGGUAUCCGCUAAUCAUCCAGACAGCAAGAUUCUUUCUGCCAAACAACAGCUGAUUGAAAAAAUGCUCAAAUCUCUCCACAAACUCGCCUCCCAACGCCAAUUGCGUCUAAUGGAGAGUCUCUAUAUGCACGAGUACUUCUUGGAAUCGGAUGAGGUUGAACAAUGGAUCAGAGAACAGGAACAAGUUGCCUCGUCAGAAGACUAUGGUCAAGAUUACGAACAUUUGCAAUUGCUACAGAAUAAAUUCGAUGACUUGAAGCAUCGUGUUGAAGUUGGCGCUGAUCGCGUUGACCAGUGCGAAGUGUUGGCCAAGAAACUUAUCGAUACUGAGAGUCCCUAUGCUCCAGAUGUGGAAAAGAGGCAAGAACAAUUACGUGGUUCUUGGGAAAAUCUUCUCAAGUUGCUCAACCUUAGGGAGCAGAAAUUACAUGCCGCUGGCGAAAUCCAUCGUUUCCAUCGUGAUGUUGCCGAGGCCCUCUUCCGCAUUCAAGACAAAAAUGCAGCACUCUCCACAGAAUUGGGUAAAGAUUUAAAUUCCGCUUUGGCAUUAAUGCGUAAGCACGAAGGCUUUGAAAAUGAUUUGGUAGCUCUGGAGGCCCAAUUGCAGGUUUUGGUCGAAGACUCUGUUCGCCUUCAGGCCAAAUAUCCCUCAAAUGCUGCUGCCAUUGCCCAACAACAGGACAAAGUAGUGGCUGCUUGGAACGAUUUGAAAGAACGUUCUGGUGCUCGUGGCGACCGUCUAGCUGCCAGCUACGAUCUGCAGACAUUCCUCACAGAUGUCCGUGAUAUUAUGUCUUGGUCUUCGCAUUUGCGCGCUUCUUUACAGGCUGAGGAACAUGUUAGCGAUGCUGCCGGUGCUACAGCCCUUAAGAUUCAACACGAUGCCAUUUAUGGUGAAAUCGAGGCUCGUGAAGAUAAAUUCCGAUCAUUGAAUGAACUUAGCGAUUCUAUGGUCCAGACUGGACACUAUGCCGCGGCUGAAGUUGAAGAAAAAUGUUCAGCUAUGUUGGAUGAACGCGCCAAACUGCACACCGCCUGGAACAAGAAGAAGAUAAUGUUGGAACAAAAGAUCGACCUCUUCUGCUUCUUGAGGGAUGCCAAACAAAUCGAUAACUUGUCCAGUUCACAGCAGGCUGCAUUGUCCAGUUCCGACUUUGGCCAGACCGUUGAGGAUGUGCAGAAUCAAAUUAAGAAACACGACGAAUUCGAAAGACUCAUACAGACCCAAGAAGAAAAGGUGGCUCUGUUGCAGGAGCAUGGCCGCAAAUUGAUCGAGCAACGUCAUUACGACAGUGCCAACAUUCAAACCAUUUUGCAAGGCGUUUUGGCCAGACGUCAAAAGGUUAAGGACCUGUGUGCCGUGCGUCGAUACAAACUGGAAGAUGCUCUCCUCUAUGCCCAAUUCGUUAGAGACUGUGCUGAAGCUGAAACUUGGAUCAACGAGAAGAAGAAGAAAUUGGAAGCCGACGGUGGAAACUAUAACGAGGUCUCCAAUUUGGAUGAAAAGAUUAAGAAGCUUCAGAAACACCAAGCCUUCCAGGCUGAGGUUGCCGCCAACCAAGGCAGAAUCAAGGAAAUCCAAGAAAAGGGUCUCAUAUUAUUAUCCAAACAACACGAGUCAUCACCUGAAAUUAAACAAGCAAUCGAUCGCGUUCUAUCUGCCUGGAAGAGUUUGUUGGAUGAACUGGAUAAUCGUGGUCGUGGUUUGGAGGAAGCCCAGGACAUUCUGGAAUUCAAUAACCAAUUGGACAAGAUUGAAGCUUGGAUAAGAGACAAGGAAAUGAUGGUCCAGGCCAGUGACACAGGCAGAGAUUUGGAGCACUGCAAUGCGCUGAUGCGCAAACUUGACGAUGUUGAUUCGGAUAUGCGAGUUGACGACCAAAGGGUUAAACACAUCAACAGUCUGGCCGAUAAACUUAUUAAUCAAGGAGAAGUGCCAGCGGAAUCGGCUAACAUAGAUAAACGUAGACGUGACUUCAACAACAAGUGGAGACAACUGCAGGGAGCUCUUAAUGCCUAUCGCGCACUGUUGAGUGGUGCCUAUGAGAUUCAUGUAUUCAAUCGUGAUGUGGAAGAUACUGCUGAACGUAUUGCUGAGAAAUCCUUGGCAAUGUCAUCGGAAGACACUGGACGUGAUUUAGCGGCAGUGGAAGCUUUAAUUAGACGUGAGGAUGCUUUGGAGCGUGAUAUGUCCGCAGUUAAACAAAAGAUUGGCGAACAUGAGCAAAAUGCACGUUCCUUGCAGAAUAAAUAUCCCGAAAGAGCCAUGGACAUUGCUGGUAAAUUGGAUGAACUAUCUGGAUCAUGGAAGCAACUGCAAGAUCUGGCCGUGAAGAGACGUAAUCUUUUGAACGAAGCAUAUUUAGUCCACAAAUUCGUAUCGGAUGUACGCGAGCUGGAACUGUGGGUAAAUGAUAUGGUAAAGAAAAUGAACGCUUCACCCACACCCAUGACCAUUGCUGAUUGUGAAAUUCAAUUGGAAUUGCAUCAAGAGCGCAAGGUCGAAAUUGAUGGACGUGACAAGGCAUUCAAGGAUCUUAAGUCGCAAGGAGAAAAAUUAUCGGACAAAGACAAAUCCGACAAAGUAAAGAAGAAUCUAAAGGUUCUGGAAGAAUUGCACCAAAAUUUGCAUGACGCUUGGAAUCAACGUGCUCGCGAACUAACUGAGGCCCAUCAACUGCAACUGUUUAAGGCCCAAGUGGAACAAGUUGAGAUAUGGUUGGGUAACAAGGAGGCAUUCCUUAACAACGAUGAUUUGGGCGACUCGUACACCGCCGUCGAAAGACUUUUGAAGAAGCAUGAAGCAUUCGAAAAACUUUUGGAUUCAGACAAUGUCAGCCAGUUGGAGAACUUUGCCAAGUCCAUCCUCGAGGGAGAACCUAGUGAUGCUGAUGUCAUAAGAGAGAAGUUGGCCUAUGUGGUUAGACGUAAGGACAAACUAAAUAGUUUGUCACAAGAACGCAAACAACGUCUGCAGCAAUCCCUUCAACUACAGGAAUUCUUGCGCAGUCUUUACGAAAUCGAUCGUUGGCUGGUGCAGAAAAUGCAAGUGGCCAUGGAUGAAAAUUAUCGGGAACCCAGUAACUUGCAAAGCAAAUUACAGAAACACAAUGCCUUCGACAGUGAACUCCUCAAUAACGCAUCUCGCGUACAAGACGUCAUCAAGGAGGGUGAACGCCUCAUCAAGUUGGAUCAUUUUGCCAAGGAGGAAAUCGCUCAACAAUUGGAAAUGUUGGAAGCUGAUUGGUUGAAAUUGAAGUCAGCCUCCAAAGAAAAGAAACAUAAGCUCAACCAAGCCUACGAAGCACUGACCUUCAAUCGUAGUUUGGAAGAGUUCAACAAUUGGAUGGAUGAAGUCGAAUCGCAUGUCUCCAACGAGGAUUAUGGUAAAGAUUUAGCUGGCGUUACAAAUUUGAUCAAGAAACAUGAACGUCUAGAAGCGGAUGUUGCUCAUCAUGCCGAACUAGCUGAGCAAAUAAAGCAGCAAGAUGAAAAAUUCUUCCAGGCCGAUCAUUUCCUUAAAGAUGAUAUCCAUGAACGAGCUAUGGCGGCCAUCAAGCGUUAUCAUACUUUGCAUGAACCUCUGGGUAUCCGCAGAGAAAAUCUUGAAGAUUCUCUAAGUUUACAACAGUUCUUGCGUGAUGCCGAAGACGAAUUACAAUGGCUUAAUGAAAAGGAAGCCAUUGCUGCAUCCGAAGAUUUGGGCACUUCAUUGACGACUGUACAAACCCUGCAAAAGAAACACCAAGCAUUGGAGGCAGAACUUCUCUCGCAAGAACCUUUAAUUCAAUCAUUGCUUCAGCGAGGUGAACAAAUGAUUCGUGACAACCACUUUGCCUUGGAACAAAUUCAAUACAAAUGUGACUGCAUUAAGGGCAAAUUAGUGAAGCUACGUGAAUUGUCCAGCAUCAGACGUUUGCGUCUUUUGGAUGCCGUCGAAUCCCAAAUGUUCUAUGUCGAAGCCAAUGAGGCGGAAUCGUGGAUACGUGAGAAGCGUCCAAUUGUCGUGUCCAGCGAUUAUGGUAAAGACGAAUUGUCCGUUCAAACUCACCAGAAGAAAUUGGAAGUGCUCCAGCGAGAAUUGCAGUCAUUCAAACCUUCGAUUGAAAAGGUCAAUAAAUUGGCAUCCAAUUUGAUUGAACGCCAUCACUUCGAUAGCGCCAACAUCCAGGCCAAGCAAGAAUCCGUCAACCAACAGUACGAAGAACUUUUGCGUCUAGCCAAGGAUCGCGAAGUGCGUUUACACGAAAGUAAACUUCUUUUCGAAUAUCUACGUGAGACUGAAGAUCUCCACGAAUGGAUUAACGAUCAAAUGGUUGUGACGGCCUCUGAAGAUUACGGCGAGGAUGUUGAACAUGUCGAACAAUUGAUUUUGGUCUUUGAAACAUUCGUUUCCAACCUCACGGCCAAUGAGUCCCGUGUUCAAGCCCAUCUCCAGAAGGGCGAAGAUCUGAUCAAAGAAAAUAAUCCCUACCGUACCUCGAUUAAGACAAAGCGCGAUGAAACUAAACAACUUUGGGAGGAACUUAAGGAUCUAGUGGCCGCACGUAAAGAUGCUUUGGAUGGCGCCAAACAAGUCCAUGUAUAUGAUCGCUUUGCCGAUGAAACCAUUGCUUUGAUUAACGAAAAGGAAGCCAAUUUAAUUUCCGAAGACUAUGGCCAGGAUUUGGAAAGUAUCCAAGCCCUGAACCGCAAGCAUUUGGUAUUCGAAACCGAAUUGGAAGCAAUACGCGAUCAAGUUAACUCCGUCAUGAAUGAAGCCAAUAACUUGGCUGAAAUCUAUCCCGAUGCCAAGGAACAUAUUGAGGUUAAACGCGAUGAAACUAUUGAAGCUUGGGCCGAUGUCACUGAAAAAUCGAAUGUUCGUAAGGAGAAAUUACAGCAAGCCGAACAACUUCAGUCAUACUUUGACGAAUACCGCGACUUGAUUGCCUGGGUCAAUGAAAUGCUGGCCAAGAUCACAGCACCCGAUUUGGCCAAUACCGUUGCCGGCGCUGAAUCCCUUUUGGCCAGUAUUAAGGAGCACCAUGCCGAAAUUAGGGCCAGAGAUGAAGCUUUCGCUCAUUUCAAGACGAAAGGUGAAAAACUGAUUAAGGAGAAACAUUUCUUGGCUCAUGAAAUCGAAGAUAAGAUCCAGGUGCUGCAGCAAAGACAUGAACUUUUGGACAACACCCUGCAGCAACGCAAGGAAAUCUAUGAAUUGAAUUUGGACACUCAAAUAUUCCUUAAGGAUGCCGACAUCUUAGAAAAUUGGAUUGUCAGUCGCGAGCCAUUGCUCAAGGACACAAAGCUCGGUGAAUCCAUACCCCAAGUGGAAGACUUGCUCCGCCGCCAUUCUGACUUUGAAAAAACGGUCGAAGCUCAAGAAGACAAAUUCCAGGCCAUUAAACGUAUUACCCUGUUGGAACAGCGAUUCCGCAAGCAGGUUGAAAGUGAAAAAUUGGCCAAACUGAAGGAGAAGGAACGUUUGGAGAAAGAACGAUUGGAAAUGCUUAAGCAAAAGGAACUGCAGAGACUCAACGAAGAAAGAAGACGUGCCGAAAAACAAAUGGAGAAUAGAAAUAAUGCCAAUAAUCAAGAGAAAUUACCCAUAUUCUCUUCUCCAAUGGUUACAACCACACCAUCCUCCGGCGCUAACUCACCACAGAUUUCACAAGUUCCAUUGAGACCAACCUACGAGGAGGACCAAUACGGUCUGCAAAAGAGCUCUUCAUCCACAAUAUUUGGUGAUCGUUUGCGUCGUGGUUCCGAUCAAAACGUCAAGAGAGCCGAAUCAAUGAAGGUACAACCCAAGCAGCCAAAACGCACUCCCUCAUUCACCACCAGACGCCGUGCUCAAUCCUUCCGCAAAAAUCAAAAGGGUGAAGGUUUCGAUUUGCCACCGGUGGAAAUUCAGGGUAUGCUCGAACGUAAACAUGGCUUACAGUCUGGCGGUAAAAAGGCUCCUGUACGCUCAUGGAAACAAUUCCACACCGUAUUGUGCGGCCAAUUGUUGUGCUUCUUCAAGGACGAAAACGAUUUCUUGCAACAGAAAACGGCAACAGCACCGGUUAACAUUUUGGGAGCUAAGUGUGAACGUGCCGAAGACUACACUAAGAAGAAAUAUGUAUUCCGUCUAAAAUUACCCGAUGGUUCGGAAUUCUUGUUCGAAGCACCAUCAUUGGAAAUUAUGAACGAUUGGGUUCGUAAGAUUUCAUUCCAUGCUAGUCUACCGCCAAAUCUACAAUUGUUAAGUUAUGACGAUUCCAUGAAGCAACAAUCCAACAGUUUCCCCGACAUUAAAGUGGCCAGUGCUCAUACAAUGGAGUCGCCAGUAAGUUCUCGCACCUCAUCACCUGAUUCCCAAAGACGAACUGCAUCACGUACCAAUUCAAUGACCAGCAGUAAUAUGUCGGUAAAUGCUUCGUCCGUAACUCCUCAAAUGAACUUCUUACAAAAACAAAUGCAACAACAACAGCAACCUCCUUCACCAUCUUCUCCAACAUCGUCAAUAGGAUUUGAACAUAAACCACCCAUACCACCACGUGGUGCCCCACCACCAGUACCCAAUCGUCAAAGUACCGAUAAUUUGGUUGUCUUAAGAAAUCCCAGCACAGCAACUUCAGAAUUUGCCACUUCGGAAAUAACAAUUAGCAGCAGUAUGUCACGUUUGCAAAAUGGUUCCAAUGACGAUAAUGUCGUGGUUAUAAAACGUAACAGCGAGGCUAGACUAUCAGGUUGGGGAACAAGUCGCUUCGAAUCAAGUCGGCCGGUAUCAUUACAACCCGAUUCCAUUAAUUUGUCACGCAUCUCUGCCGAAAGUUCCAGUGAGAGCGAAGCUCAAUCAAUAUCCUCCGUAUCGGGUGUUAAAGGCAGCAAAAGUAAAGAAGAUCGUCGCAGUGGCGUUUUCAGAAUAUUCGGACGAAAAGGUGGCGAUAAAGAAAAGGAAAAAGAUAAACGCCGAUCAAGUCAAUUGCCACAAUAGGCAUCGAUCAAUCAUUAAUGUACAGACCAGCUCUCUACGAUUCGCGUAGGAGAUGGACGAAUUA